UCCUCCCUCAGCGCGAUCAACCUGCUCUCAUCCCCCCGCGCACACACGCGAUGCCCGGCAGCCGCCUGCCGUCUGCGCUCCCCUCCAUCUAGCACCUCAUCCGAGCCGCGCUGGCCGCUCCUGGAAGUUAGCAUAACUAGCGCCCUGUAUCCCCCAUUUCUACCGCGGGAAAGAGCAGCAGACCCCCUCCCUCCCCGCCCCGUCCACCCCCGUCCCCGGUCCCUCCGUCAAGCAGCAUGCCCGACACGGCAGCGGCGUCCACCGGCAGCGGCAGCGGAGCAGGCGGCGGGGAUGCCGAAGGCUCCAGACACCGAGGCCGGCAGCAGGGAGCCGGAGACGGGGAGCCCAGCGCCCCCUGCCCCCCAGCGGCUUCUGGCGUUCUGGAUAAACUGUUUGGGAAGAGGCUGCUGCAGGCCGGGCGGUACAUCAUGUCCCAUAAAUCCUGGAUGAAGACAGUGCCCACAGAAAACUGUGACGUCCUCAUGACUUUUGCAGACAACAUAGAUGACCACACACUUCUUUGGCUGCUGAACCACAUACGCCUUGGCAUCCCAGAACUUAUCAUCCAAAUACGACACCACAAGCAUACCAGAGUCUAUGCGUUUUUCGUUACAGCAACGUAUGAAAAUCUGUUACGAGGAGCAGAAGAGAUGGGUCUGCGGAAAUCAAUAAAGCCAGAGUUUGGAGGUGGAUCUCGCAGCUUCUCUUGUGAGGAAGACUACAUUUAUGAGAACAUUGAGAGUGAACUCUGCUUCUUCACAUCACAGGAACGUCAGAGCAUAAUCAAGUACUGGCUGGACAAUCUCCGAGCCAAACCAGGGGAGGUCCUUCACAACAUUCACUUUCUUGAAGGGCAGCCCAUAAUUCCAGAGCUGAAGGCACGAGGCGUGAUCACACAGGUCUUCCCUCUCCAUGAGCAGAGAAUUCUCGGCCAGCUAAUGAAGUCCUGGGUGCAAGCAGUGUGUGAAAAACAACCGCUAGAUGAUAUAUGUGAUUAUUUUGGAGUGAAGAUUGCCAUGUAUUUCGCCUGGCUGGGUUUUUACACCACCUCUAUGCUGUACCCUGCUGUGAUCGGCUUUGUGCUGUGGAUGCUGACUGAAUCUGAUCAGACCAGCAGAGAUAUAUGCUGUGUAGUUUUCGCCCUCUUUAAUGUGGUGUGGGCCACGCUGUUUCUGGAGAGGUGGAAGCGGAGAGGAGCAGAACUGGCUUACAAAUGGGGCACACUGGACACCCCGGCCGAAUCACUGGAGGAACCCAGGCCGCAGUUUCGGGGUGUGAAGCGGUGCAGCCCGGUGACAGGCUGUGAAGAGUUUUAUUAUCCGCCCUGGAGGAGGAGGCUCUUCACGUGGCUGGUCAGCUUUCCUGUCUGCAUAUUAUGCCUUUGCUUUGUCUUCCUGGCCAUGCUCAUCUGCUUUGAGCUUCAGGAAUUUGUGAUGGGGAUUAAAGAGUUGCCGCGAGUGGCGAGAUUUAUCCCUGAAAUCAUACUGGCCAUCACUGUGACUGCGUGUGAUGAGGUGUACAAAAAGAUAGCCUGCUGGCUUAAUGAUAUGGAAAACUAUAGACUCCAGAGUGCCUAUGAGAAAAAUCUCAUCAUUAAAAUGGUUCUUUUUCAGUUUGUAAAUUCUUAUCUCAGCCUUUUCUACAUUGGAUUCUACCUCAAAGACAUGGAGCGUCUGAAAGAGAUGCUAGCUACACUGCUGAUCAUCCGCCAGUUUCUGCAGAAUCUGAAGGAGGUGCUGCAGCCGUACCUGUACGAGCGGCACCGACUGGGAGAGCUCACACUGCGUGCUGUCUGGGACCUGCUGGUUUCUGCUCUGAUCAAAUAUGGGCGGCUGGCGGCCGGCAGGGCUCAGGUGUCCCCCGCCGACCCCACCAUCCCCGGCCCGGGGCUGAGGGGGAGCCGACGUGGCCUUCUGGGCCACCAUGAUCGCCGUGACCGCAAGUGCUUGAAUGGUGGCUGCGGGGUGCCGGACGAGGAGGGUGAGGAGGAGCUCGGAGUGGAAAGACAGAGUGAGGAGGAGAGCGAAGAGGAGAGCCUGGUGGACUGUGGCCUCAAACUGCGCAAGGUCAGCUUUAUCGAAAAGGUGGAGCGUAAGUCUAUUGGCUGUGUCAGCCCCGUGGAGGACAACUUCCUGGAGGAGGGGAGCCCUACCAUGGUUGAGAAGGGCAUGGACCCUGCCUCAGUCUUUGAAAUGUGUGAUGACGAUGAUGAUAACGGAGUCCCAGAGACCAAGGAGCUCACGUCAGAGCCACCCCCUCCUGCAGGGUCUGAGAGCAGCGCUCCUCCGAGGCUCCGGAGAAGAGGCCGCAGCCUGGAGAGAGCCGACAGCAAGACAAGGAGAGAGUCAUGGAUCGAUCCACCGGGGGAGCAUGUGACCACCACACUUACCCAGGCUGAGAUUGAGAGCUGCAUGCAAACAUAUGAGGACACAUUUCAAGAUUACCAGGAGAUGUUCAUCCAGUUUGGUUAUGUGGUGCUUUUUUCUUCUGCCUUCCCAUUGGCCGCCAUGUGCGCCCUCAUUAACAACAUCAUCGAGAUCCGUAGUGACGCCUUCAAGCUGUGUACGGGCCUACAGCGGCCCUUUGGCAUGAGAGUGGAGAGCAUCGGACAGUGGCAGACAGUAAUGGAGGUCAUGGGGCUGAUAGCAAUCAUUGUAAACUGUUACUUGAUUGGACAGUGUGGGCAGCUACAGAGGCUCUUCCCUUGGCUGAGCCCAGAGAUGGCCAUCAUCUCUAUUGUGAUCCUAGAGCACUUUGCCAUUCUGCUGAAAUAUGUCAUUCAUGUGGCAAUCCCCGACAUUCCCGGCUGGGUUGGAGAAGAAAUGGCCAAACUGGAGUUUCAGCGCAGAGAAGCAUUCAAGAAGCACGAGCGCCAGGCGCAGCAGCACUUCCAGCAACAGCAGAGGAGAAAGAGGGAGGAGGAGGAGCGGCAGCGGCAGGCCGAGUACCAGGCUCGUCGUGAGCGGGAUGAUGGACGCACCGAUGGCCCUGGAGGAGACCACCAUCACGACAAGAGUCAGGGGGGCAAGUCGAGGUCGGGGGGAGGAGGCUCAGGAAGCGACAAACCGAAGAGGCCCAGCUCAUUGCUGGCCAACAACAAUGUCAUGAAGCUCAAGCAGAUUAUUCCACUGCAGAGCAAGUUCUCCUCUGGCACGGCCCGUUCCCCGCAGUCACCCACAGGGAGCGAGCCCAAACUACCGGGCUUCCUCAGCUUUAAGUUCCUCAAGUCUCCAGAGAAUAAGAAAGAGGCAGCAGCCGCUGCUGCUGCCGCCGCCGCUGCUGCAGCAACUGCAGCAGCAACUGCAGCAGCUUCAGCUUCAACAGGCAGUAGUGCUGUGAUUGCAGCACCAGGCCAGGAGAAGUCCCAGUCCCCCAGCAAGUCCUUCAACCCUGGGAAACUCUUUAACUUUGGGAAAUCAGAAGGCGGGGCUUGUGUGAAUGGGGCUCAGCCUUCAAAACCAGGGGAUGGGGCACAGCCUUCAGAUAAGCAACCCACAAAGUCUGAUCUGAAUGGGGUCCCGGAUGAAAUCCCAUCUCCAGGGGGAGAGGAAGGAGAUAAUGGAAACUUGUUAGACUCUGACUCCUCAGGGCCUAAAGUCUAAUCCUAAAUAAAGCACUCAUUGAGGGAAAAGUGACUAAAAAGGGUCAAAGGGAAGCUCUCAGUACAGGAGGUCCUCACAGCACUAUCAAGUGCAAUGUAAGACUCGGCCUGGAAUCUGCUGAGCAGCACUGCAGAUGUUGAAAAUGGAAUGGUGGUCUUUCUUUUGCUGAGGAACAUAGGUUUUCAAAUGUGACUCCCCUCACACACACACAUACACACAAUGCCUUUUGUGUACAACACAUACAGGAAUGCAUGAGCUGCGUUUCUAAUCAAUUUUAACACGGUGUUCCAAAAAGAAAAAAAGUGCAAUGUUACGUUACCUACCCUAGUCUGACAAUUGUAAUGAGCAUUUUAGUGCCCUCGAUAGUAUUUGAAAAUAUUUUACCACCAGUUUUAUAUCACAUGGUGAGACCUUCCAAAAAAAACACCACAAAUUGCUAACCUGGAACAUCUGCAUCAGUUCGAACUGUGAGUGUUUUUAGUCCUGAAAAGUUUUCUACUUCUACUUUAAAGCAGCUGGUUUAGUUUAGCAAUAGUAGUGUUUCACAGACAACAACAAGGUACUGCAAAUCCUGUGAGCUUUAUCCAUCAGUUAUAAAGGAAUCCCUGCGAGACUAUACAAACAUAUGGUCUGAAAUCAAAAGAAUUGCAAUAUCUUUGUUUUGUUUUUUGUUUUUAUAAGGACAGUGUAAAAAAUAUAGUUUUGUGAGGAACAGUCGGAAGCUGCAAUGAAAGCACCCAUCAAGAACAACCUUGGGUGUGACAGAGUGUGAGGGUAUCAUAUAUGUACAGUAUGUAUGGGUCAAGAAAGUACAGUGGCGAUUAAAGUUUUUAAAAUAUUAUUCCACCCAGAUGACAGAAAUAUCCUAUUUGUGCUUGCCUGUUGAACAAGCUUUCUCCCUUCGUUAUUGUAGCCCGAAGGCACAGAAAGGGCUGGAGGUCAAGACUGUAGUAAUACUGAAAUCCAGAAAUCCUGUUUUUUGGGUAUGAUACAUACUGUGCAUCUGCAUAUGUCAUGACCUAGACUAUGGCAUUUAACCUCAACACUCACUGUUCUUCAGACCUUUCUUAAACAUUUCUUCUUAUUUGAUUUUAGGGUAUUCUUUGAACUCAGAAGUCAACUAGAAGAUCAGAAAGUUCUGGGAUUGUCAUGUGAAGGGAUUCUGCGAGGCGCUGUAAAAGAAUCGUAGCAUUUCCUUCUCCAUAGUUGCAUACUAGUUGCAGUCUUUGAGAACAUUUUGCACUAAAAUCCUACUGCCGGCGAAAGGGAAAGACUCUGCGAAGAAAAGGAAAACACCAGCCUGCCUCAUUACAUAUGCAAACGCUUGAUUAUCGUUUUCAUUGCAAUGCACUACGGAAGCAUUAUAUUGACCCGUUCAGUUUCUGUACAUCCGGGUGCUUUGUCUAACUUUUUAUUGCUAAUUUAUUUGCCUAAUUUAUUCAUUUCUAACUUUAGGUUUGUUUAGAAGAUUCUUACUUCAUUACUUGCCAAAGCAAAACUAACAUGAACACUGGCAGUGCCGAAGCGUUUCUUUGUAAAGCCAUAACUUUUGGGUAUAUUUUAAGAAGAGAAGUUGAGUUAUACAUUAAGUUGCGCAAAUCCAUUCUCACAGUUCUGGUAAUGAGGCGAGAGAACAUGGAGGAAUUGGUCCAGGUUUUCCCUCAAGCUUUAUUCAGUAUUAUGGUUACUCUGCUGCUGAAGACAGUCUGGUCAGUCAGUGUGAACUGAUUUAAAUAAAAUCAGCUUUAAAAUGUAUAGGAUGUAUAGGAGUCAAGCAAGUUGGUUGAAAUGAACAUUUUGGUCAAAAUGGACAGGCAUUGAGUUUCCCAGUAUAUAUAAGAUGAAGGAAAAAUGAGGUGAUAGGAAUGUUAAGCCAGUAAAUCUUUUUUUUUUUUUACACCCAAGUCUGGGUUUCAAGAGCAAGCAAUCCUGUUUAAUGGCAAUUAAAUAAAUAUCUGUGGAUUAUUGUGUUGCGAGUGAGUGGUGCCAGUGAUCAAAUCAGAGAGGAACAUUUGAGGGUUUAGUAUUAUCGUGACAAUGUGUGAAACAUAACAUGAUCUAUGCACUAAUUUUGCUCAUUUCAUUGACUGAAUUGUCUCAAAUAACUUUUGCAAUAAUACUUUGGCCUGGACAACGAUUCUGAAUAGGGAUCUGAGGCUUCAUGUCCUGAAUGUUGAGUAACGUCUAAAGUUAAUAUCAAUCAAGCACUGGUGACUGGUCACCUGCCACGUUAAUCUUUCUGUUUGUCACUGUUGUUACUUGCCAUCUGUACGCAGUCAUUUCUGAAUCAGUGUGCUUCCUAUGGGUCUUAAAUAGAAAGUCUAAAUUUAGAAUUACACUCCUGAACCUCGAAUCAUUUUACUCCCCAAGGCUAUUCACAAUCCACAGGGGUGUUUUGGCUUUCUCUAAUAUUACAUCUAUGUAUUAGUACAAUAAAAAAAAAAUAGAAUUUGCUCUUUUAAAUGACAAAUGACAUAUAAUCACAUAUCAAAGAUAUCCUCUCAAGUGUUACAUAUCUAAACUUAAUUAGGUUGCUGAAAUGCUUCUUCUUUAGCAGUAUUUAAUGCCUUAACACACACUUCUGCUAAAGAAGAAUAUACAUAUACACAAAAUGGUUCAUCAUAAUCAAGUUCAUUCUUGAGCCUUGACUAUUUGUAUUUAUCCUUGUAUUUUGAUUCAUAAAAAUAAAAAUGUAAUUUCGCAAUGAUUAAACUCUAAUUAUAUAGUAAAUUCUUUGCAUUCGAAAAAAUUAUGUAUACAUCACUAAGAACAGAGAAUACUCUUCGGUGUUAGAGCCACAUGCAGUAUUUUUUUUCUAACCAAGGUAGCGGUACCUAUGGUUUAAAAUAGACUUUCAUUUCGUUUUCAUUAUUUAUUAAUGAUAAUAUUCCCUUGACAGCAGAAGUCUCUUACUGCAUUGUUCUGAAAGAAGUUGUGCUUUGUAGGACGUGAGAUGAGACAUUCACAGAUGUAGCCUAUAAAGAGGCCUGAUGUUUCAGAUCCCAUCCAAGGAGACAUUUUUUUAGCUGCCAUUGAUGCUAUACUGUCUAUAGUAUACUGUCUAUACUGUUGGGUUUCUGUUUGUCUGUUUCUCCAGUGCUCGCUGUAGUGUGGUGGAGCUACUGAAUUUCAUGUCUUAGUUUGAUUUAAGAGCCACUCGGAUGCUGUAAGGUUUCUGUCAUGUUUCUGUCAUCUCUGUGCAUCCAUUCAUGUCCUCAUGUCCACCAUACUGUUAGGAUCAGACUCCUUGCUUUUGCAAGUCUGAAGAGAUAUGUUGGACAUUUAGAAACGUUGCUUUAUGUUCAACCCAACUGUGAAAUAUUUAAUGGGCUACUGAUUUAGACUUUUGAGAAAAUGCCACUCUGAAGCGGAAUACGUGGAGUUAGCGACGUUGGUAAGAGAGACUAGUAGUGCUGAAUUGUGUAGAAUUCCUUCUCUGAAGGCAACCUCACAAACUAACAUGCUCUUCCAAUAUUACCACUGUAAAGUUUUUCUUUUUUUUCAAAGAAAAUUACCAUAGGAAAUGGGGUUAUUUAUUUCUUUUGAUUUAUUUUGUCAUAUUUUUGUAAGACCUGAAAUGAGAUAAUAAACAGUUUUAAAUUUA